AUGAGCCAAGUCUCUCUUCAUUCCCUCGCGCCGUUCUCUUCAGUUUCUCUCCUCAAGAAACUUGUAUCGUUUCCAUUUCCUUUGCUUGCCUCUCGCUCUCUUGCACUCCCAACACGCGCCCCUCCUUCCUAUCUCCGCCUCACCCUCCGUCCUUUCUCUCUUAGAGCAAUGGCAUCACACAUUGUUGGUUACCCUCGGAUGGGACCCAAGAGGGAGUUAAAGUUUGCAUUGGAAUCUUUCUGGGAUGGUAAAAGCAGUGCCGAGGAAUUGCAGAAGGUGGCGGCAGACCUCAGGUCAUCCAUCUGGAGGCAGAUGUCUGAGGCUGGAAUCAAGUAUAUCCCUAGCAACACAUUUUCAUACUAUGAUCAAAUGUUGGACAACACAGCAAUGCUUGGCGCAGUUCCUCCUAGAUAUGGUUGGAAUGGUGGUGAGAUUGGUUUUGAUGUUUAUUUCUCAAUGGCUAGGGGUAAUGCCUCUGUGCCUGCUAUGGAAAUGACUAAGUGGUUUGACACCAACUAUCACUACAUUGUCCCGGAAUUGGGACCAGAUGUAAAGUUCUCCUAUGCAUCUCACAAGGCUGUUGAUGAAUACAAGGAGGCCAAAGCUCUCGGAGUUGACUCUGUCCCUGUCCUUAUAGGCCCUGUUUCUUACUUGUUGCUAUCAAAACCAGCAAAGGGUGUGGAGAAAUCCUUCUCUCUUCUUUCCCUAAUUGGCAAGAUCCUUCCAAUUUACAAGGAAGUUGUUGCUGAACUAAAGGCAGCUGGUGCAACCUGGAUUCAGUUUGAUGAGCCCACCCUCGUGUUGGAUCUUGAGUCGCAUCAACUGCAAGCAUUUACUCACGCCUACUCAGAGCUAGAAUCAUCUUUAUCUGGCUUGAAUGUUCUUAUUGAAACUUACUUUGCUGAUGUUCCUGUUGAGACAUACAAAACACUUACUUCAUUAAAGGCUGUAACUGGGUUUGGAUUUGAUUUGGUUCGUGGAACAAAAACACUUGACUUGAUAAAGAGUGGAUUUCCUUCUGAUAAGUACUUGUUUGCUGGAGUAGUUGAUGGAAGAAACAUCUGGGCUAAUGAUCUUGCCUCUUCACUUAGUACCCUGCAGGCUCUUGAGGGUAUUGUUGGCAAAGAAAAAGUUGUGGUCUCUACAUCAUGCUCUCUUCUCCACACUGCGGUGGACCUUGUGAAUGAAACUAAGUUGGACAAAGAGCUGAAGUCGUGGCUUGCAUUUGCAGCACAAAAAAUUGUUGAAGUAAAUGCCUUGGCUAAGGCAUUGGUUGGGCAAAAGGAUGAGGCAUUUUUUGCUUCCAAUGCUACGGCUCAUGCUUCAAGAAAAUCAUCUCCUAGAGUGACAAAUGAGGCUGUGCAGAAGGCUGCUGCUGCCUUGAGGGGUUCUGAUCACCGUCGUGCCACAAAUGUAAGUGCUAGGCUGGAUGCCCAGCAGAAGAAGUUGAACCUUCCAAUUCUUCCUACCACCACUAUUGGAUCUUUCCCUCAAACCAUGGACCUUAGAAGAGUGCGUCGUGAGUACAAGGCUAAAAAGAUCUCUGAAACUGAUUAUGUCAAUGCCAUCAAGGAGGAAAUCAACAAAGUUGUCAAGCUCCAGGAAGUGCUUGACAUUGAUGUUUUGGUACAUGGAGAGCCAGAGAGAAAUGACAUGGUUGAGUACUUCGGCGAGCAAUUAUCUGGUUUUGCCUUUACCGUGAAUGGGUGGGUUCAGUCAUAUGGAUCUCGUUGUGUCAAGCCUCCUAUUAUAUUUGGUGAUGUGAGCCGCCCCAAGGCCAUGACUGUCUUUUGGUCUUCAAUGGCUCAGAGUAUGACUAAACGACCUAUGAAAGGAAUGCUUACUGGCCCUGUUACUAUUCUGAACUGGUCCUUUGUGAGAAAUGACCAGCCAAGGCAUGAAACCUGCUACCAGAUUGCCUUGGCCAUUAAGGAUGAGGUUGAAGAUCUUGAGAGGGCUGGCAUUACUGUUAUCCAGAUUGAUGAAGCUGCUUUGAGAGAGGGUUUGCCUCUGAGGAAAUCUGAGCAGUCUUUCUAUCUGGAUUGGGCUGUUCACUCCUUCAGGAUUACUAACUGCGGCGUGAAAGACACGACUCAGAUUCACACCCACAUGUGCUACUCGAACUUCAAUGACAUCAUUCACUCGAUCAUAAACAUGGAUGCUGAUGUGAUCACCAUCGAGAACUCGAGAUCAGAUGAAAAGCUUCUAUCUGUCUUCCGUGAGGGAGUCAAAUAUGGUGCCGGGAUUGGUCCUGGUGUGUAUGACAUUCAUUCCCCAAGGAUCCCAUCUACCGAAGAAGUUGCUGACCGUAUCAACAAGAUGCUUGCAGUCCUUGAGAGCAACAUUCUGUGGGUCAAUCCUGAUUGUGGUCUCAAGACACGCAAGUACACUGAAGUCCAGCCUGCUCUUAGCAACAUGGUUGCUGCUGCCAAGCUCAUCCGUACCCAGUUGGCCAGUGCUAACUAAGUGAGUCUACCGGCUGCCAUAAGAUUUAUCUCUCAACCUUUGAGAAGGGAAAAGAAUCUGCCAGAGCGUGAAUAAUAUUUUGGCUUUUCGAUGGAAUCGUUUACACUUCUUUUUCUUCGCUUAGGAGUUAAUUGAUAUAUAUAUUCAUAUCCAGAUCGACCUAUGAUCUUUCAUCUUAAUAUAAUAUUCUAUCUCUUGAUCUCCA